UAUCUGGUCUGAAGGGCUUCUCCGUGUGGGUGGGAGAUUAAAGCAGUCAUCUCUCUGUCUUAAAGUCAAGCACCCAGUGAUACUACCCAGCAACAGUCAUAUUACUAAGCUGAUUGUGUCCCACUACCAUGCUAAGACAUGCCAUCAGGGUCGAGGCCAGACACAAAUGGAGCUUAGAACCAAUGGAUUCUGGGUCAUUGGUGGGAGUAAGUUGGUGGCCAAGCUGAUACGCGAUUGUGUGUUUUGCAGAAAACUUAGGAGGCCAACAGAAAAGCAGAGAAUGGCUGACCUUCCUAAAGAACGCGUCGAAUCCUCUGCACCUUUCACAUAUAGUGGCAUGGAUUGUUUUGGCCCUUUCAUUGUGAAGAAAGCCCGCAAAGAGUGCAAAAGAUAUGGCCUAAUUUUCACAUGUCUCUACUCUAGAGCUGUCCAUAUCGAAAUGCUUGAAGAUCUGUCGACUGACUCAUUCAUAAAUGCACUGAGAUGCUUUAUAAGCAUUAGAGGAGCUGUACGACAACUGCACUGUGAUCAAGGCUCUAAUUUUGUUGGUGCCAAGAAUGAGUUCACACAAGCACUGAAACAAUGUGACACCAAGUUACUAGAAGUUUUCUUGACUGAUAAACAGUGUGAAUUUGUUUUCAAUUCCCCCUCUGCCAGUCAUGCAGGUGGUAUCUGGGAAAGACAGAUCAGAACCAUCAGAAACGUGUUGAAUGCUACCUUUGCACAGUGCUCAGGCCGACUUGAUGACGCCUCCCUCAGGACAUUGCUAUAUGAGGCCAUGGCUAUUGUCAACAGCCGCCCAUUAACAGUGGAUGGAAUCAAUGAUCCUCAAGCAUUGGAGCCCAUAACACCGAACCAUCUCAUUAUGAUGAAAUCUAAGAUUGCUCUUCCUCCCCCUGGAGUGUUUGUCAAAGAGGACCUAUAUGCCACAAAGAGGUGGAGGAGAGUCCAGUAUCUCAUUGAACAAUUCUGGAGUCGCUGGAAAAGAGAAUAUUUAUUGAACAUUUCCAUGAGACAGAAAUGGCACUCAGCUCAGCGCAACCUGAAAAAAGAGGACAUUGUCAUUAUCAAAGAUGAUAACCUUCCAAGGAAUCAGUGGCAACUAGGUCGAGUGGUUGAAACUGUUCAAGGCAGUGAUGGCUUGGUCCGUCGAGUCAAAGUUCAAGUUGGAGAGCGAAAGUCAAAUUCCUCUUCUAAACCCUCAGUUAUUGAGAGGCCAAUCCAGAAAUUGGUUCUUCUUUUGGAAAAUUAAUGAGAACAGAAGAACAACUUUUGUACAGUUCAUUUACUUCCUGAUAGUUUAUGCAAACAUAUUCAUUUAGUAGAGUCAGGAAAUCCUGUUCAAUUGAUUUACCCUUUAUAUGUUACUUUGUUCUUUCAUUGUGACAGGAUUUGGUGGGAGUGUAAAUGGCUACUAAAUGUUAAAAUUCUCCUUCUUGUUCAUUAGUCAAACAGUGACACCUUGUGGUUAAUUUGUGCUUUUAUUUUGAAUAACGCUAGACUUCUUCUUCGUGUGUUUUGUGGUUCUGCACUUCCUGUUCUUGCUAAGCGUGAUGAGUCAGCGUUAGAUCCUGAAGAAAGCUAAAGAAAAUCGUUAAAAUAGCGCCCUUGGAAAGCAGAAUGAGGUAUGAAUAUGUGCAAUUGUGAUUUAUAAUAAUAAAUGUUUAUUUAAAAACAGUAGAACGUCAUUAGUUUAUUUGUUUAAAAACGAAACUGUGUGUUGACGAGCUAAGGACAACGUAUUCGUAUGUGUGAACAUUAAUAUGCUAAUUUUAUACAAAAGUUAAGCAUGUACAACAAUUCUGUAUUCUUUUAUUUCAUGCUACAGUUUUCACGGUGUCUAAAGAUUAAACUGCACCCGUUUGGAACUCCCUGCGUCUGGCUGUUUAUUCCAAGUGGCCGCUACACACCAUAAGGCUCCUUCUUUACUUCAAAGCCGUUUGUAAACGUGCAACGGAGCUGGUUAACAUUUGCCAGCAGAAAGGCGGAGCGCCCCUCCUUUUGUCCAGUAACAAAAAGACAGGCUCUACGUGCAAUACGUGCCUCGCACAAUUCACAACAAUUGAUUCAUCAGCUGCGUUUUUCUAGUUCUUCUCUGUGCUGACAGGAUUUCAAUGUUGCAAGAUUUACACCAGGCAGCGUAUGUAAAUUCGCUUUCUAGGACGGAUUAAUGUCCAACUACAAAAUGAUUAAGAGUUAAAUUUAUGAGAGUGAGAUUUGUGGGGCUCGUCGCUUGCCUCUCAGCCGUGGGGGAGGGUAUCUCACCCCAUCAAAGGGAUAACAACGGUAACCAGGCAGGAUACUGCGCUGAGGACGUGAGCUAAAACCUCAUUGGCUAAGAAAUCAGAUGGACGGGGCUAGUGUGCGUAGGUAUUUAAAGCUUUGUCCCAUUGUUAGAGUGUGUUUUCCAGCUGAUCCGACUCAGGAGCAGGAGAAGGACCAAACUGUGACAGCCACCAUCGCUCUUCUUUCUUUUUUGUUUGUGCUCUUGUGUGCAAUCAAAGCGCCGCACUUUUUGUCUUGUUCUUUUCGGAUUAAGGCAUUUGUUUUAUAAAUGUCUUUUUCUUGCAACCAAUCUCUCGAUGGUAGUUUUCCUCCAUCCCCAGCGGAGGGCAGGAGCUCCCAGAGGCUGUCCUGGAGCAACCUGCUGCAGAAGCUGGCUGAGCUGAAGGGGCUCAAUCAGAGGUACUGCAGGAGUGAAACCGGAUCUGUGGCAGACCUAUCCCUGUCGGAGUCCGACAGUAGCUUCUUCUGUUACCCCCUUGAAGAGACCUUGGCUGCAGAGGUGGUGGGCACAAUCACACAAAGCCUUAACAAUGCGUCACCCAUCCUGUGCUGCUCCAAACUCAUCCUACCUGACCGUCUAAUGUGCAACAUCAGCCGAGAGCUGCUCCAUCUGGCUGUCAACGAGCCCUGCGGACUGAGGGGGGCCAUGAUCGACCUGUGUGUGGAAAGGGGGGCUCAGGGGUUGUUGUGCACUGUGGAUCAAAUAGCAGUAGAUGCCAGCCUGGUCCCGACCUUCCAUGUGACCCUGGUUCUGAGGCCGGAGUCCGGAGGACUGUGGCCCAGGGUGCAGAAGCUCUUCAAAGGUGGAAAGCCUCCGUCGGCAAUGUCUCCGAGGCGCCACAAAACUCUGAGGCUGAGCAGGAGUUUCAGGGCCAUCAAGAGGAAACUGUACAGCUCAGAACUGCUGAUUGAAGAAUGCUGCUAACCAAAGCAUUCAAGUGCCUUUCUAGACGAACUGAAAUGCUUUUAAUCAACCUUUACUGCAGAUUCACUUAAAAAAAAAACCCCAACAACUUUAAUUGCACUGACAUCAAGGUCCUAAAACAAUUGUAAUAUGUGGUAAAUCAAAGGACCGAACUAUCUCAUGGCAGCUACUCACCUGAUUGCAGGUGUCUGAACACGAGUCCUUUUUCUUUUAUAUGAAUGUGGAUUUCCACUUUUUAAAGGGAAUGUGUCUUCUAGCAUUACAUAUUACCUGCCUGAAACUGUUUUGUACCUUAAAAAGAUUAUGAGAAUAAAUUAUUUUCUAUUACUC